AUGGCUGAUCGCUUAACUCAACUGCAAGAUUUGGUUAAUGAGCUGGCUAAUUUGAUGUGCAACUCAAUUGGAGUUUUACGACUUACAGCACCAUCAUGUGAUUUUAAUGGGACAUCAAAAGCAUUAGAGGACGAAGAGAACUGUGGUCUUUUCGCUGCAACAAUUGCUCAUACAGCUAAAGAUAUCGAGAUCUUGAUUGAUUCUUUGCCAAUAGAUGAACCAGCAGCAAGUAAUUCAGAAAUUGAUUCAUCCUUAUUGAGCAUGGACGAACAUAGGCAUAGGGCAGCGCGUGAACUUGAACAAGCAGUUAUCGAUGGCGAAGAAUUGAUAAAAAAGAUACAGAAGGCAUUAGCUGAAAUUGCACGAGUGCAGAUGCUGUCACGUCCAUUUAUUUAA